CACUCGUCCGCGGUGACGGACUACUCUCAUUUGUUCCCUGCCCACUACCCAGCAUGCCAGUCGGUGCGCACUGAUCCACUGAUACUGUCGGUAAUAUGGCGGCCGUCAGUAAGUACCUGACAGCUAAAAACUCUUCGAUAGCUGGCGGAGUCCUACUCGUUUUAUACAUCCUGAAGCAAAGAAGAAGAAGAGGAGGCAAGUCAAGCGGUAAAAAAGGACGCUCAGAACUGGUGUUGAGCAAUGAAGACAAAGCAGCCAAGAAAGACCGUGCUGCGGUGGACUAUGUCUUCUUCCUCAGAAUCAGUAAGAUCAUCCGGAUCAUGGUGCCUCGAUGGUUCUGCAAAGAGACAGGAUACCUCGUCCUCAUAGCUGCCAUGUUGGUGGCCAGGACAUAUUGUGAUGUCUGGAUGAUCCAGAAUGGAACCAUGAUUGAAAGCGCAAUCAUCGGUCGUUCCAACACUGAUUUCAAGAACUACUUGUUCAACUUUUGCAAAGUCAUGCCACUUAUUGCAUUGGUGAAUAACUUCUUGAAGCUGGGUCUGAAUGAGCUGAAGCUGAGGUUCAGAGUGAGGCUAACCAAACACCUCUACGACGAGUACCUCAAAGGAUACACGUACUACAAAAUGGGCAACCUGGAUAACCGUAUCGCUAACGCUGACCAGCUGCUGACUCAGGACGUAGAGAGGUUCUGUAACAGCGUGGUGGACCUCUACUCCAACCUCAGCAAGCCUCUCUUGGACAUUGGACUGUACAUCUUCAAGCUGACGUCUGCCAUCGGUGCCCAGGGCCCAGCGAGUAUGAUGACCUACCUGCUGGUCUCAGGCCUGUUCCUGACCAGACUACGACGGCCCAUCGGUAAGAUGACGGUGACAGAGCAGCGCUACGAGGGAGAGUACCGAUAUGUCAACUCGCGACUCAUCACCAACAGUGAGGAGAUUGCCUUCUACAACGGGAACAUGAGAGAGAAACAGACGAUUCACUCAACAUUUAAGAAACUGGUCGACCAUUUGCACAAGUUUAUCUUCUUCCGCUUCUCCAUGGGCUUCGUGGACAGCCUGAUCGCAAAGUACAUAGCCACUGUGGUGGGCUACCUGGUGGUGAGUCGGCCCUUCCUCAACCUCGCCGACCCCCGCCACAUGAACAGCAGCCAACCUGAGUUGCUCGAGGACUAUUACCAGAGUGGCAGGAUGCUACUGAGGAUGUCCCAGGCUCUGGGAAGGAUCGUACUGGCUGGUAGAGAGAUGACCAGGCUCUCUGGGUUCACCAUGCGUAUCACUGAGCUCAUGAAGGUCCUGAAGGAACUGAACUCUGGGAAGUACGAACGCACCAUGGUCUCUCAUCAGGACAAGGAAUCAGAAGCUGUAGAAAGAGUCCCUCUUGUCCCGGGCAGCGGACAGAUCAUCAACGUUGACCACGUCAUCAAGUUUGAACACACACCAUUGUCAACACCCAAUGGAGAUAUCCUGAUCAAGGACCUGACCUUUGAAGUGAGGUCUGGUACCAACGUGUUAGUGUGUGGGCCCAAUGGCUGUGGCAAGAGUUCACUCUUCAGAGUCCUGGGAGAGCUCUGGCCUCUGUUCGGAGGACGGCUGACCAAGCCUGAGAGAGGGAAGCUCUUCUAUGUUCCUCAGAGACCGUAUAUGACCCUUGGCACCCUGAGGGAUCAGGUGAUUUACCCUGACACCUAUGAGGAACAGAAGAGAAAAGGAAUCUCUGACCAGGUGUUAAAGGAGUACCUGGACAAUGUCCAGCUGGGUCACAUCCUGGACAGGGAGGGGACCUGGGACACCGUACAGGACUGGAUGGACGUCCUCAGUGGAGGAGAGAAGCAAAGGAUGGCGAUGGCUCGGUUGUUCUACCACAAGCCCCAGUUUGCAAUCCUGGAUGAGUGCACCAGUGCUGUGAGCGUUGAUGUGGAGGACUUCAUCUACAGCCACUGCAGAACGGUUGGCAUCAGUCUGUUCACCGUCUCUCACAGGAAGUCUUUGUGGAAACAUCACGAGUACUACCUUCACAUGGACGGGAGAGGGAACUACGACUUCAAACCCAUCACUGAGGAGACCAUUGAGUUUGGCUCCUAGACAAACAACACAACCACACACACCAUAAUUUGCCCUAGAAAAAGUUGCUCACUAAUUCUGCACUUAAAACCAAGUUUUUGAAGUAACCCUGUUUUUUUUGUUUUCUUUUUGACAAAUCCGUAUUUAAAAGCAUCUUGUUAGUCACGUGAUUGUAUAUAACUUGUCAUUUAUGGUCCAAAUUGGUCCAAACUCAUGCAGAUUACGGAAUGGGCUAAUCCCAAUCCAGAUGAAUUAUGUUUGUGUUAUACAACUGUGAACUGAAUCAUGCUUCAUAAUGAUUAAGAUGAGUUAGCCCCUACAGAGGACUCUAAUCUGAUGAAUUAACACAGGGAGUUGGAGACCCAGGUGAUGGUUUAGUGGUCUUUUAAACAAGUCACUGAGGGCAGGUAACAGUAUAAACUGCUAUCUUGUCUUUUGUUUUUUUAAGGUAUAUGUAUAAUAUGCAAAUGAAGCUGCUUGUUUCCUCUGCUGGGGUGAAAUCCUUCCAUGUGCUUUCCUAGCCUGGUCCCUGAUGUUUGUACUGUCUGUGACCAGGCUAGUCCUAUGCCUUUUCGUAUAGUGGUCCCUGAUCUUUGUACUGUCUGGGACCAGGCUAGUCCAUCUAGGCCUUUCCUAGCCUGGUCCCUGAUGUUUGUACUUUCCGGGACCCGGCUAGUCCAUCUAGGCCUUUCCUAGCCUGGUCCCUGAUGUUUGUACUAUCUGGGACCAGGCUCGUCCUAUGCCUUUUCGUAUAGUGGUCCCUGAUAUGUUGGUACUGUCUGGGACCAGGCUAGUACUAUGCCUUUCGUAGCCUGGUCCCAUGAUUUGAUUGUACUGUCUAGGACCAGGCUAGUCCUCCUAGGCCUUGGGUUAUGAAGCCUGACCUACUGUAGAGUAAAGAGGAAGUGUUGCCUGAAGCUGGAGAAUCCCUGUCCCCAGGUGCUUCCUCUGUGGCUUUUUCUCAGUUUUUUUUAUUUUCAGCGUGUUCUCACCUCCCUCUGAAAACGCAGUGAAAGAGAAGGUCUGAGGAGAGGAGCCUUGGGUUUUCUCCAAUGUACUUUGAGAAAGAGAUGAGGAAAGGGCUGAUGAGAGGAGCCCGGUGUGUGUUCGAGGAAGGGACCGAGCAAGGCUCUGAAUCACUCACAUUUACAAAUCAUCGAUCACAAAUAAGUUUCUGCACAGCACUCGGUUGAAUCCCCUGGACCAGGUUUUCUGUCUCCUGUCUUAAGCAUUUACGUACAUAAUCAGUCAUUCUCUCCAGCUGCUUGUAGCAGUAUGUGGACUUGGGACUAGAUGACAAAUCGACUGAUCUAUGAGAAUUAUGUGACUUGUUGUUCUUCCUUGGAUCAGAGUGGUGCUGUUGAUCUGCAGACACCCAGAAGGCUUCCUCCCCGACCACAACAGUAACUACUACUAUAAUAUACUGACUGUAGCAAUGGUGUUUGUCUUUUUUUGUUGUUUUGUGAACUGUAAAGAAACAGGCUCUGUAGAACUCCUGGUUAUAUGAGAGAGAGACUGUAAUAUAGUGAUUUGACUCUUAAAAAAAAGUGCAUGCACCUGCAAUAAACUGUAUCAACAAUGCAUUUUCAUUAAAACAGAGACUGGACUGGA